AUGCCAAUCGAUCAAGAAAAACUAGCCAAGUUGCAAAAACUGUCCGCCAAGAACAAGGUUGGUGGUACCAGAAGAAAGUUGGCGAAGAAGCCUUCUUCCACUGCUGGUGCUCAGAAGGACGACACCAAAUUGCAGGCUCAAUUGGCUAAGUUCAACGCCGUCACUGUUGACAACGUCGCCGAAGCCAACUUUUUCAAGGACGACGGUAACGUCUUGCAUUUCAACAGAGUUGGUGUCCAAGUUGCCCCACAGCACAACACUUCCGUCUUCUACGGUAUCCCACAGGAGAAGAAUUUGCAAGAGUUGUUCCCAGGUAUCAUCUCUCAAAUGGGUCCUGAAUCCAUUCAAGCUUUGACUCAGCUAGCCUCCCAAUUGCAAGCUCAACAGCAGAAGGGUGGCGACAUUGCCAACGCUGAAGGUGCUGAGGCCAAGAAGGACGAAGCCAUCCCAGAAUUGGUUGAGGGUCAAACUUUUGACGCCGAAGUCGAAUAG